AUGCUAUUUCAAGGAAAUCAAAGCAGCAGACCCCGUUUUAUUCUCUUGGGAUUUUCAGAAUACCCACGACUCCAGCUUCCACUGUUUUUCUUUUUCUUGUCCAUCUACACAGUGACUGUGGUGGGGAAUUUGGGCAUGAUAAUAAUCAUCAAGAUCAAUUCAAAGCUUCACACAAUCAUGUACUUCUUCCUUAGCCACUUGUCAUUUAUAGAUUUCUGUUUUUCCACUGUAGUCACACCGAAACUGUUGGAGAACUUGGUUGUGGAAGAUAGGAGCAUUUCUUUUUAUGGUUGCAUCAUGCAAUUUUCUUUCAUUUGCAUUUUUGGAGUGGCAGAAACUUACAUGCUAGCAGUGAUGGCCUAUGACCGGUUUGUGGCGGUUUGCAAUCCCUUGCUCUACACGGUUGUUAUGUCCCAGAAGCUUUGUGCUCUUUUGGUGGCUGGGUCUUACAUGUGGGGAAUUGUGUGUUCAUUGACACUCACCUAUUUUCUUCUUGGAUUGUCCUACUGUGAAUCUAGCAUCAUAAACAAUUUUAUCUGUGAUCACUCUGUAAUUGUUUCUGUCUCCUGCUCAGACCCCUACAUCAGCCAGAUGCUAUGUUUUAUUACAGCCGUGUUCAAUGAGGUGAGCACUCUGAUGAUUAUUCUUGUGUCAUAUAUUUUCAUUUUCAUCACUGUUAUGAAAAUUCCUUCUGCAAGAGGGCGUCAGAAAACCUUCUCCACGUGUGCUUCCCAUCUGACUGCCAUCAGCAUUUUCCACGGAACCAUUCUUUUCAUUUAUUGUGCUCCUAAUCUUAAAACUUCUUGGCUGUUAGUUAAAAUGGCUUGUAUGUUUUAUGCAGUGAUGAUUCCCAUGCUGAACCCAUUGAUCUAUAGCCUUAGGAACAAAGAUGUGAAGGACACAUUAAAAAAAUUGGUUGUCACCUAUUGGAUUGUCAUUUGA